UCUCGCCCACUCAUCUUUCCAUCCCUUUGAACAACACCUUCUCUGAUUUUCGCCUCUUUCUUAAUUCCGUCUCCCGGCCCCUCUCUCAUAUGGAGGUUAGGGUCCUUUUGCUGCAUCUUAUUCGUCCGCAGCUCUUCCACGCCCUCACAAAUCCAGGGUAAGACUUUUGCAAAGAGCAAACCUGAGGAUUGAUGGGGCAGGCGUGAGGAGAAACUAUGUCCAGGCUGUGAGGAGAGCACCGACUUGGCCUCGAAACAUGAUUGGCGGCUGAAGGAGUGACAGGCUGAGUGUUACCAGCUUCGAUGGCGUGGAACAAGAAAGGCAGGACUAAGCCAUCGGUCCCGUCGUGCUCCACCGUUCCACUGAGCCUCCUGGUCUUACUGCUCGCUGGCCUGAGCACAGCUGGACCGCCCCGACCAGCACGCCCUCCACUGCUGUCCGGACAGCCUUUUAUCAUUUUCUGGGCCAUCCCCGAUUCCUCCUGCUCCGCCAGGCCAGACCCUGGAUCUUUUGGAAUGGAACGUGAAGGCCGGGUGGUGGUCUUCUACGAGGACACGCUGGGAAACUACCCGUAUUUCCUGGAUAAAGACACAAAGGUCAACGGGGGUUUACCACAGAACACCCGGCUGGACAACCAUCUGCAGAAAACUCAGUUGGACCUCGACGCGGCGUUGCCCGCCCCCAGGUACCUCGGCCUGGGGGUGCUGAGGUGGUCCGAGUGGCUACCCCAGUGGCUGAGAAACAGGGAGAAGAAGGCCGUUUAUCAGGCAGCUUCCCGGAACCUCCUGAAGGCGUUCUUCCCUAACUGGACUCCCGAGGAGGUGGAAAAGUGGUCCCAGAUGGACUUCGAGGCAGCUGCCCAGUCAGUAAUCAUGGAAACUCUGAGGGAGGUCAAACGCUUACGCCCCAAAGCAUUAUGGGGUGUCUCCCCUUACCCGAGCUGCUACAACGGGGAACCCGCCCAAACUGCUUCAGCCAACUACACCGGCCAGUGCCCCCCUGCUGAGAAGACCCUUAACGAUGAGCUCCUGUGGCUGUGGAGACGCUCGUCCGCCCUGUACCCCCUUCUGUCCCUGGAGAAGCUACAGGUACGAUUACUCUCAUCCUGGCCAUUUUCUUCACAGGGUGGAACGUCUUCCGGGAGGCUUUAUAUGUCCAGUGAAAUCCAGGAAGCUCUCAGAGUGUCCUCCCUGGCCGGAGCCACGUUCGAUCUUCCCGUAUUCCCACUGAUUAACAGUGUGUACGCCUCCACCAACACUUUCCUGUCACAGGCAGACCUGGUCAGCAGCAUCGGAGAGAGUGCUGCCAUGGGAACAGCCGGAGUGGUCAUCUGGCAGAGAAGUGACACCAAGACAGAGAGAGAAUGUCAAGACCUGGCAGAGUUCAUCCGCAAGGUCUUGGGACCAUACUCCAUUAACGUAACCACGGCAACAAGGAUGUGCUCAGCCUCCCUUUGCCAGGGAAAAGGCAGAUGUGUCCGUCAGAAUCCGGACAGCUCCGCCUACCUCCACCUCCCGCCGCCCCCCGACGUGACGGAGAAGGUGACAGAGAAGGCGGAGGCAGAAAAAGCCACAGACCAGCCCGACCCUGACGCUAAAGCAGCUGAACCGGACCCCGCCGAGAUGUGGAAGAAAGACUUCCAGUGCCAGUGGUACAAGACACCAGACAGGGACGUCUCGGAUCAGCAGUCCCCCAAAGACGGGACCUCCAUCAAAGGGCCGCUGGAGCAAAUUCCCAGAGAUCUGAGAGGGACUUUGCCCACUUAUACAGCAGCGUCCGUCACAAAAGGUGCCUCUGGGAUCGAAGCGAGCGAAAGCGCUUCGGUACCGAUGGCCGCGGACCCUGAGAUAAUUCUGCUGCUGCUGGUGGUUGCUUGUCUGUGUGUGAACUAAAAAAAAAAAAAAAAGCCCAACUCUGGACCCUCGCUGAAGUGCCUUUGAGCAAGAUACUGUUGACCAGUUCUGCUCUGGACCAUGACCACGUCAUUAAAUGUUAUCUGGAUGUGCCAACGCACAGCGGCACUGUCACUUAUGUCACUUUUAGGGAAUUGAACUGCUCAAAGCACAAUAAAGGACGUUAUAAAGAUCGUCACCAGCAAUUUGUGCCCACAUGCAUGCAGCUACACUUGUUUGUGAACUAGAAAUACAAACCCCGUUUCCAUAUGAGUUGGGAAAUUGUGUUAGAUGUAAAUAUAAACAGAAUACAAUGAUUUGCAAAUCCUUUUCAACCCAUAUUCAGUUGAAUGCACUACAAAGACAAGAUAUUUGAUGUUCAAACUGAUAAACUUUUUUUUUUUUGUAAAUAAUAAUUAACUUAGAAUUUCAUGGCUGCAACACGUGUCAAAGUAGUUGGGAAAGGGCAUGUUCACCACUGUGUUACAUCACCUUUUCUUUUAACAACACUCAAUAAACGUUUGGGAACUGAGGAAACUAAUUGUUGAAGCUUUGAAAGUGGAAUUCUUUCCCAUUCUUGUUUUAUGUAGAGCUUCAGUCGUUCAACAGUCCGGGGUCCCCGUUGUCGUAUUUUACGGUUCAUAAUCCGCCACACAUUUUCGAUGGGAGACAGGUCUGGACUGCAGGUGGGCCAGGAAAGUACCCACACUCUUUUUUUACAAAACCACGCUGUUGUAACAUGUUCCAAAUGUGGCCUGGCAUUGUCUUGCUGAAAUAAGCAGGGGCGUCCAUGAAAAAGACAGCGCUUAGAUGGCAGCAUAAUUUGUUCCAGAACAAGUAUGUACCUUUCAGCAUUAAUGUUGCCUUCACAGAUGUGUAAGUUACCCAUGCCUUGGGCACUAAUGCACCCCCAUACCAUCACAGAUUCUGGCUUUUGAACUUUGCGUCGAUAACAGUCUGAAUGGUUGGCUUCCUCUUUGUUCCGGAUGACACGAUGUCGAAUAUUUCCAAAAAUAAUUUGAAAUGUGGACUCGUCAGACCACAGAACACUUUUCCACUUUGCAUCAGUCCAUCUUAGAUGAUCUCAGGCCCAGAAAAGCCGGCGGAGUUUCUGGAUGUUGUUGAUAAAUGGCUUUCGCUUUGCAUAGUAGAGCUUUAACUUGCACUUACAGAUGUAGCGACCAACUGCAUUUAGUGAUGGAGGUUUUCUGAAGUGUUCCUGAGCCCAUGUGGUGGUGAUAUCCUUUAGAGAUUGAUGUCGGUUUGUGAUACAGUACCGUCUGAGGGAUCGAAGGUCACGGUCAUUCAAUGUUGGUUUCCGGCCAUGCCGCUUAAGUGGAGUGAUUUCUCCAGAUUCUCUGAACCUUUUGAUGAUAUUAUGGCGCGUAGAUGUUGAAAUCCCUAAAUUUCUUGCAAUUGCACUUUGAGAAACGUUGUUCUUAAACUGUUUGAC